UAAUGAUCUGCUGAAAAGUAAUGAUAUUGGGACAGAAACUACGUCAUCAGCACAAGCUAUGAGAAAGGCGCCUGGUAGACGGUCAGGUCCUGCCGAUUUGUAAGGAUCAAGUUGUGAGAUUCCACUUCAUCAUGGAUGGCGACACUGAAGACAGGUUCCUCGUGCAUGGUCUCUACGACGCGGCACCGGCCGUCACUCUGCACAACUGCUCGCACAGCGGACCAGAGAUUGACAGACGUGUGAGAAAACAAGAGCGGUCCUCACGGAAAUGUGCUUCUCAGCAUUACGAGAAGACCAGCAGGCAACCGAACGCCGGUCAGACGCCUUCCUCGGGCCAAUAUCGCUUAGAUCUCGAAUCUGAGAGACACAGUAGUGGCUUCAGAGCUGAAGGUGUGGAAGUAACGAACUACCAAAAGUUCACGCCGAGGAAGGCCGCUGAAGAUAUAGCAAGUACAAGAGAGACUUUAAGUAAGAAUCGACACAAUAUGUCUGAAAAUUCUGAGACAAUUGGAAGUAAAUUGAAUCGAAGAUCGUGUUUAUGCCAUACAGAAUGUAAGAAACAGCAAUUAAAAUUGUUAGAAGAGUCAAAAGAUUUGAAUGUCCAAAAAGAAGUGUGGACUGGAUAUAAUAUAACUUCAUCAACCAAUCUCAAUCCUAAUCGUCGCAAUGAUAAUUCAGAGAUGCGUUCCAAACAAGCCAAGCAAGAGGUUAAAAAACGCUUUAGGGAGUUUGAGAAAUGGAAACAAAAUGAAGAGAAAUACUUUGCCAAUAAUGAAAACUAUGAUAAAAAUCACCAUAUUAAGUCUUAUAUUCAAAACUGGUUACAAGAUACAACAGGAAUGUGUUUAAGUUCUAAGUCGUUACGGGAAUUGUCUCAGAAAUUAAUCUCUAACCUCGAUCUAGAUGAAAUCAGAAACACAAACACUUUGCUGAAAAGUGAAUCUUUAUCUAAUGAAAAUUUAAGGCACAAAGGAAUGGAUUGGUUAAAUACAAAUCCAGUAAUUUUAUCUAGUAAUACAAAGGAGAAUAUGAAAGAUUUGAAAAAGUCAUUUCAAAAAAUAACAUCUAGUAAUACAGAAGACAGUAAAAUUAGAAAAAAAUAUAAUUGUACAAUAGAUGACUGGUUACAACAAGUUAUCGAAAGAAAAAACACUCAAACUGAUGCUCCUGUAAAAAAGGAUUUUAUUCAUAAUCUAUUGCGUAAACUGAAAAAACAGCCUGAAAGUUGUCACUUCAGUUCAUUGCACAAAGAAAUAUGGAAAUGGCUCAAAAGUCUUACUCAUGAAAAUAUAGUGGGUGACGAAUAUUUAAAAAAAGUGACGAUUCUCUUAACCAGAACUAUUACUGAUAUAGUAACAGCUGAUGCUGAUGAAAUAGUAGCAGAAAAUGAUGUAAAUUAUUGGCUUGUAUUGAUAAGUGAUUUAUUAGGGGCUGAAAUAUCUGAUACUAAUACAGAACAUUUCAUCAAAAUAAUUCAGAAGCGAAUUAGAAAUGAAUCUUUUUGUAGAGAGUCAGAAAUACAAGAUUGUGGACAGAAUAACGUAUCUUUAUCACGAAAUGUUAAAGCAGAAAUAAAGAGUAUAUCUACCUGUAUAGACAAUGAGAAAAAUUCUAGAAAAAAGAGCUCGUCAAAGUCUUAUUCGAAAAGAAAAUCUUCAAUAAUAAAAAAAUUAAGAACACACACAAACUUACAAGGAAAAGAAAUAGAACUUAUAGCUGAUGCAAUAGCCAAGACAUUAAAAGAAUUGUCGCUUUCAAAGAGUCAACAAGAUUUAUAUACCAAGAAAACAUUAUUAGAAAUUAUUAGUGAGCCAGAUAGCGGCAAUUACAAAAAUAUUAUCAAAUGUUGCAAAGAAAGGGUGUUUGCAAGAUAUAAGUCACACAAUAGUUUAUGUAGUGGCAGUGACGUGAUUAAUCAUUCGGGCUCUUCAAAAGCGCAACCUAAAAUAUCAACUCCCCAUGAUGACUUAUCAAAAACUACCUUCAAAAUACAUAUUGAGUCAGAUUUCCAUGAAGAACCAUCUUACAAUAAUACUAAUAAAGCACAUAUAAUUAUGGAUCACGAUUUGAGUCAAUCUCUUAGUAGAAAACAAGAAAAACGAAAUACAACUCCACAAAAAGAGUUACUGAAAAAGUUUCACUGCAAAGAGCCGUACAAUAAAGAUAAAAUUAAAGGAUCAAUUAAAAAAUUAACUGCACUAAAAGAAUUAUUAAACGAGUCAACUCAAAGACAAUGUUUUGUUCGUGAACAUUUACUUAAAACAAAUAAUAUUGAAGAAACAAAUUAUAAGAGUUUUGAAAACGAUAUAAGUUUUAAAAAAGCUCCACAAAAGAAAGAUUUAUUGAAAAAAUUAUUAAAUGAAAAUAAUAUCUGUAAAGAAAUCAAUGACAGUACUAAAGAAGGGGCCAAUAAAGAAUUAACAAUAAAAUAUCGGCCAGGAGAUUCUAUUAAAAUAUUUAAUAAUCAUGGUAGUGCUAACAAAACUUCCGGCCUGUCAAAGCAGUAUGAAACAUCAACACCUCAAAAAGAGUUAUCAAGUCUGUCAUACCCACCGUUAAAGUCAGUUAAUAGUGCAGAUACAUAUAACCAGAGUAACGAAGACCUACAUCCAUCAAAAGAUCUAUCAUCUACAGUGCAAAAAGAAAUGUCAAACAAACUUGUUGACAAAGAACCUUCAAAAGAUGAGAAUCGAAACACAACUCCACGAAUACACUUUCAAUCAAUAUCCAAAGAGCCUUUUAGUACAACAAGUUAUAUGAAAGAGUCAAAUAAUAAUCAAAGCCUAAGAGAGCCCUCAAUCUUGUCACAAACUGGAAUACGUAUUCCACGUCCACAAAAAGAGAAUUUUAGAAAAACAUAUUCAACUAUUUCGUCAGAUCCGACAUCGAUUCAAUCUUAUACCCCGAAGAAUAGGGAAUACAUUACCUAUAACCAAACUUUAGAAAAUGAUCCUGGCUUGCGAAAAGCUUCACAAUUAAAAAACAUGUUGGUACAUUGUUUAAAUGAAAUGGACAGAAAGACAGCUAAUGGCAAUAAAAAAUGUAAUUUAGUCAGCAAUUCUAAGUCGAUGUUUCAAAAUAUAAAAGAUUUGUUGUCGAAGUGGUUGAAUGAUAUACAGCUUACAAGCAUCAACGAAAAAAUGGUUGAUAUUUUAACCCAAGACAUACUUGAUCGACAAAAGUACUUACAGAUUUCGAAUAGUGUACCGUCUUAUAACGAAGAGCAAAAUUACCUAAAAAGUCAAAUUUUUAAGAGAUUCAAUAAUUUUGCAAAUGAUAAAGAUCUGUCUCGAGCGUUACAGAAUACUUCCGAUUUAUUUGAUAAAUUAAAAGUACAUUUGCAGAUAUACCGUUUAAUAAGUAAGAAAAGUUUUAAUACUAGGAAAAGCUUCGAACAAAUAAUUGGGUCUAUAGAUAAUACGCUAUCAUUUAUUCGAACUGUAAUACCGGGACCGGUAAAGAGGUCGUUUGCAGCAAUAUGGUGAAGACAAAAUGCUUUGAAAAGAAAUUAAUAAAUGGCAAUAAAGUAUCGUAAGCAAUUAAAUCGUCGAAAAUACUACCUAUAACACAAAAGCCAUCAAAUGAAAAAAUACUUUUCAUAUAAUGUCUUCACGUAGAAGCUCACAACACCAAACGGUUCAAACUUACCGUAAAGAUCGUCGAAAAGGAAUAUGUUCAAAUGACUGGAGCACCAUAACCGUCAAUUUUUUUUAACUAAUGCUACUAUCUCAAGUGAAAAAAAUAUGAAAUUAUCUGUAUCUGAUGAUCAAAAUAACACACGGUGAGACAGUUAUUUAUUAUACAUAUUUUCGAAAAGUACUCUUAGUGUUAGUAUUUAUCCCCGAUAUUCUGUGUAUUGUGGUUAGUCUCCUAAAUAUAUUUUGAAACUCUUAAGCGGCGUCUCAAGCAUACAAACAAGUCUUAUUAAGCAAUAAAAUAAUCAAAUAAU